AUGAAAGAUAACGUAUGUUUAACGCGCUGCGAUUGUUUAUCAUCCGUGCCUUACGCCACAAUUCACACCAUUCUUCGUGUACUAACAGUUUCUUUAGGACACAGAUUCCUAAACUCGUUGAGAACCGAAUGCGACCGCUCUCGGUCGUUCAAACGGGCUUCAAGUUGCGCCAAAAUAUUACAAAGUGAGAUGAAACGGCGCUCUCGUUUUUCGCAUGCCAAACGGCGGUACAGGUUUCGCAUGCCUAACGGCGCUACAGGCUUCGCAUGCCUAACGGCGCUACAGGCUUCGCAUGCCAAACGCGCCACCUUUCCAAUCGCCCAUUCUAACAUCUACAAUGGUAUCAACCGUCGGUCGCACGCAUUAAUUUCCCCCACUACCACCAUUUACACCUGGAAGCAUGCCAAAAGUCUCGCCAUAAAUGCCAAACAAGUACUUCAUGACCUGCCACACAAGCUACAGAUCCAAACCACCGCUGCUCAUGAGCGCAGGUCGUUGUGUCAUUGUAUACGAGGGUCUCCUUCUCUCGCCUACACGCCUAAGCACAGCAUCCUCGUUAUCGUGCCAUUAGUAACCUUUGUAAGGUGGUUCGACACCAACUAUCUCCACGAACCAUCCAUCACGUCCGCCACACAUCGUUUAGGUCUUCGUACCUUUUCCAAUUUUAAGUUUCCUCUCACUCUCGUAUGCGAAAUCUCAAGACAAAGCCGUAGUUUAACAGUAGCAUACGAGAAAAGUCAGCCCAACACAGAGUACCAAAUACCAUAUAUAAGACACCUUUGA